CAGCAGUGACAAAUUCAGGGAUGAACAUGAAUAAUACAUGAUAUGAUUCGAGCGAGAAAGCUGUCAAGGUUCUCAUGAAUAGUUGGGUCCAGGGCCAUAGCCUCCAGAAGCCGGCCGGGAUGCUGUGGAAGUCAUGUUGUGUUUAGAUUGUGGUGGGUGGGGUGUCCUCCGUAUGGCUGUACCGGCAUACCUCUCGUGUCUAUAUAUUCGUAAAUAUACCUCGUAGACACAUACUUUGUGUGUACUGGAAGACUGGACGGGGACGUGUUAACCAAGACCGACCAAACACUUCGCGACUAUCAUGCAUCCAAUUCUUACGCUCCCAACUUCCAUGGGCCCCCUGACGACUGUGUCCUUUUCGAACAUUGUAGAUGGCCAAAGAUGUGACACUGGUGUCAUCCAUCAGGGCCAGGACCCAAGGUCCAAAUCCCUACUUUGGCCUGUCCCCUCUGCAACCGCCCAGGAUCUGGAUAAGGUAGUCCAGGCCGCCCAGGCAGCAUUCCCGAGUUGGUCAGCGACACCGUGGGAGUGUCGACAGGAUGUCCUGCGUGCAUUGGCUGCGGCAUUACGAGCAGGCAAGCACUUUUUUUCAGCGGUGGUCUCGAAAGAGACGGGGAAAACGAAUUCAAUGGUUAGUAGGACCCCCCUGUUCAAGAGUCACAAUGUAACUGACAGUGUGCCCGAUAGAAAGCCUCUCAGACAAUCCCGGACCAAACAAGUGUAUGUCCACCGGGACAUUUAUAUGCAAUUCCGUGACCGCUUGAUAGAGGAAGUCAACCUUCUGGCGGGUAGUACUGAUCCAGCGACGCCAAGUGUUUACGGACCGAUGCAAAACAACAUGCAAUAUUCUGUCGUACAGGAUAUAAUCGAAGACUGUAUGGUCCGCGGCUUCAACUUCUCCCUAGGUGGAAAGCCUCUCGCCCGCCAAGACAGCAUGUUCAUUCCACCCACCAUUAUAGAGAACCCGUCAGAUGAUUCUCGAGUUGUACAGGAGGAGCAAUUUGGUCCCAUCAUACCGCUCCUAUCGUGGGAAAGCGAAGACGAAGUGAUUCGCCGAGUCAAUGGUACCAACUGUGGGCUUGGGGCUAGCGUUUUUUCCAGUGAUGUAUCUCGUGCGGAUGGAAUUGGCCGGCAACUUGAGGUCGGGAGUGUGUGGCUCAAUAGUUUCAGCAAGCCUCAUCCAGCUGGGUACUUCUCUGGCCACAAGCAGAGUGGGAUCGGAGGGGAAUGGGGGAAGCAGGGACUGUUCGCCUACUGCGCAGCCCAGUCCAUUCAUGUUUAUCAGUGA